AUGAUAGGCAGUGAAGGUGAGCAGUUGUAUCGGCUAAAGAAUUCCUAUGAUGAAGAUACCAAUGUGUAUGACGGACAGCACUUUGUUAAUGAGAUGUUUAAUGGUCGUUCCAUUAUCCAACGCUUAGUAGAUCAUGUUGGUGGAUGUGAAAACAGUUCGCGUUUCUCGAAUGUUCGGAAUAAUUCAGAAAACUUUUUACUAAAUAAAGCAGGUAAUAUAUCCAAUGGAGAACAGAAGACAAUAUAUUCAAUGGAUAACGUUUUAAAAACUUUCGAACCUUUGGAAAAGCAAAGACACCUUGCAAUGGUGGUACCGUCGCCUGAUCUUUCGUGCGAUAGUUCCGAUGAUGAGGAUGACUUAGAACAAAGACAGUUUAACAACACGACAAAUAAUCGCGGUUUUCGUCGAAAAAUGUCAGUGAUAAAACCAGAUCCAAGUAGUAUAUAUGCGAAAAGAAGUGAUCUCAUAUCACAUAAAGCACCACCUUCCAAACAGUUGGUAAACAGUAAGAUGACAUGGGUCGAAUCCCAGCGUGACUUUUACAUAGCAUUUGUAAAUGAACAAAGGAAAUAUGGUUUAUUGGAACGAGAUAUAGCUGAGCAAAGCUACGAAUCUCUUGUCGGUCGAAAGGUUGAAGAAGGUGAGCCGUGUAUGGUUCUGAAAAAUGGUCAGUUUUAUCGAGCUCUGCUGGAAUCUUCGGUGGAGAACACAUGUCAUGUGUUUUUAGUUGACUUUGGUGGAUAUCUUAUAAUUUCAAGGAGAGAAGUAGCGCCAAUGCUUCAACAACAUGCCCAGCUGCCGAUGGCUGCAAUUCAUUGCUCUAUUUUUGGCGCUUUUCGAGUAAAAUUGACAAUUGAGGCUAUUGAUUAUUUCAGAAGGAAAUUUCCAAUUGAUUCGACCUUCAAGCUUCUGUUUGUUCGCAGGUCAGAACACGGUAAUUCCUACGAGACACAACUUUAUCUGCGAGAGAACAUGCAACAUGAUGCAUUCUUGCCAUUAAAAGCUUAUUUUGACUGA